UACAGUAAUCCCCCAUUACAGAGGUUUUUCAUUUUCAUCUCCGGCGACGACUUUCAUCGUUUCUUCUUCACCUCGAUUUCGAUAUACGCCGGCAAGAUUCCCGGCGAAGUAAAUUUUGAAGCUUGCAGCGACGGUAGGAGCCGGCUCUCCAAUUGAAAAGAUGAACGAUAAGCAGCGAUCAAUACUUCUCGAUGCCUCCGCCUCUUUUCUCCCGCCGCCAGGGACGAAGCUUUCAUAUGGAACUUCGGGUUUCAGAGAAGACGCUUCGUUGCUGGAGUCUACUAUGUUUAGGAUGGGGAUUUUAGCAGCUUUGAGAUCUUUGAAAACAAAAUCUGUGAUUGGAUUGAUGAUAACUGCUUCACAUAAUAAGGUAUCUGAUAAUGGUGUCAAGAUCGCAGAUCCAAGUGGGGGAAUGUUGUCUCAGGAUUGGGAACCAUUUGCUGAUUCUUUAGCAAAUUCACCUGAUCCUCAACAUCUUGUUCAGUUGUUAGAUGAAUUUAUGAAGAAGGAAAAUAUUUUACUCAACGAAGGAGAAUGCUCAGCCGAGAUUCUAUUGGCUAGAGAUACAAGGCCUAGCGGUGCACGACUUUUGCAGGCUACAAUGCAAGGAAUCAAAUCAGUUGUUGGAGCCAUUGCUGUUGACAUGGGCAUAUUGACUACUCCUCAAUUGCAUUGGAUGGUUCGUGCUCGAAAUAUGGGCAAUAAAGCUUCUGAACUUGAUUACUUUCAUGAAAUCUCAACCUCUUUCAGGUCACUGAUAGAUCUUAUACCCACGGAAGGUGCAAAGAGUAAAACGAAUGAUAAAUUGAUUAUAGAUGGUGCGAAUGGUGUUGGUGGAGAUAAACUCGAAUCUCUGGUGAAGAUGAUCAACGGUUUUGAUGUUGAAAUUCGCAACACCGGAAAAGAAGGAGGUGUUCUCAAUGAAGAAGUUGGUGCUGAUUAUGUUCAAAAGGAGAAGGUUACUCCACAAGGAUUUGACAUGGCUGAUGUUGGGACGAGAUGUGCAAGUUUAGAUGGAGAUGCAGACCGGCUAGUCUAUUUCUAUAUUGAGCCAAAAACGGAAAACAAAAUUAUUCUCGUUGAUGGCGAUAAAAUGUUGUCUUUGUUCGCUUUGUUUAUCUUGGACCAACUAAAAAUAAUCUACGAAGAUGAUGACGAGGAGGAUCAAAUCAGGCUCGGUGUCGUGCAAACCGCUUAUGCAAACGGGGCUUCUACUGCCUAUCUGAAAUUUUUAGGUCUAGAAGUUGUAUUGACUCCAACCGGGGUAAAAUAUCUGCACGAGAAAGCUGAUGAGUUUGAUAUCGGAAUUUACUUCGAGGCGAAUGGUCACGGAACUGUAUUGUUCUCAGAUGCUACUGUGGAAUGGUUGGAGAAAAGAAAUAGAGGGUUUCCUGUUAGGUCUAGAGGAUCGGAACAGCAGAAAGCAGUCCUUCGGCUUUUGGCAGUGAGUAAACUUAUUAAUCAGGCGGUUGGAGAUGCUUUGAGUGGAUUGUUACUUGUGGAGGCCAUUUUAUUGCACAUGGGUUGGUCGAUUCAUCGAUGGAAUGAACUUUAUCAAGAUUUGCCAAGUCGACAGCUUAAGGUUAAAGUUGUUGAUAGAACUGCAAUUGUCACUGCAAAUGCGGAAACUGUGGCUGUUGAGCCAUCGGGCAUUCAAGAUGCUAUAAAUACUGAAGUUGCGAAAUACCCUAACGGGAGAUGCUUUAUACGACCAUCGGGGACUGAGGACGUUGUUAGAGUUUAUGCGGAGGCGAGUAGACAGGAGGAGGCAGACGACCUAGCUAAAUCCGUCGCCCAAAUUGUUGAUCGAUUCCUUGGAUUUGGCCAUUAAUGGAACAACAACUAACAAUAACAAUCUAUACUUCUUACUCUUUUUGUAUUUAUCAACUUACUAUUAUUAUAGAUGGUUUCUCAUCUUUACAAUGUUUCAUGAUUAUUGUUUCUUCAA